AUGGAUACACUGAUUGUAAAUAAGAAAAAUAACAUUAAGGUUAUUAAAUUCAAUAAGCCUAAAAAGAAGAACGCUAUUGAUUACGAAAUGUAUAUUAAAGCUGUAAAGGAAUUGGAGAGUGCUGCUACGGAUAAAGAAAUUUCUAUGGUCGUCUUAACGGGCUCUGGAGAUUUUUACAGUAGCGGCAAUGAGCUCGGCGGGAAUAAUUUGGAAGUGGAUAGAGAACUAGUCCUGAAUGCUGUAAGAGACUUCAUUAAAGCUAUAAUAGUAUUCCCAAAAAUAUUAAUUGCUAUUGUAAAUGGACCGGCUGUUGGAAUAGCAACAACGACUUUGCCAUUGUGUGAUUUUGUUUAUGCAUCAGAAAAAGCUUAUUUUUACACACCAUUUACCAAAUUGGGACUGGUGGCUGAAGCAUGUUCAUCAGUGACAUUCCCUCGAGUUAUGGGUGAUAGAUUGGCGAGACAGAUGUUGAUUUUGAAUCACAAAAUGGGGGCCCAAGAAGCUCUGAAGUGUGGGCUUGUCAGUAAUGUCUACAAACAUGAAGAACUUGAAAGUAAAGCUUGGGAAAAUAUUAACAACUUAUUGUCUUUACCCGAAGACUCGUUAUUGAUUACGAAGAAAUUAAUACGGCGGCCGUUUUUAGAAAGUCUUAUAGAAACAAAUGAAAUUGAGAUGACAGAAGUAAAACGCUUAGCGCAAAGCAAAUUAUAA